AUGUCGAGCAUCCCAGUUCCUCAGACCGUCAAGCGCCAGCGCUCCACAGCAACACUGCCGGCGGCGGCCGGUCCCAGCAAGCUCAGAGAGCCCGGUGCUGCGCGCACAGUGGCGGCAACACGGUCCAUAAGCACUGCCGACAAUGGCAGAUUCGUCCCCGCUCGUCGCACCGCCACCACCGCCUCUGCCGGCCUUACACUCCCGCGCGCUCCCAUGACCAACACCACCAACAGACCAGCCGCAGCAGCAACACGCACCGUCAGUGCAACCAAGGCGGCUCCCAACGCUACGGCAAGACGAGGCGUCACCAGCGUCACACGGCUGCGUCCGGGCACCAACGCAGCAGUCGCCGCAGCUGCUGCCUCCCGUAGCAGCAAUGGUAGCACUGGUUCCGCUGCCUCUGGCGACGUCGACCCCUCGCGUAUGGAUGCCAUGGAAUCACGCCUCGCCUCGAUGGCCGAGCUGUUCGAGCUCGAACGUACGAAGACCGAAGAGAAGUGGAACAAGGAGCGCUGGGAACGCCUCGCUCAGGAAGACAAGGUGCGCCAGCUCGAAGAGGAUCUGCUAGAGCAGCGCAAGAUCGCCCAGUCCAAGCAGGAGGAGAUCAAGCGCCGCCGCACGCUCGCCGACGACGAGAUGCUCCAGCUCACCGCCAAGUUCAACCGAGAGAAGCGCCUGCUCGAGACCGAGCUCGAGCAGGAGCGCGAGACGGUCGCCGCACUGAAGGCGACGCUCAACCAGCAGAGCACAAGCCAUCUGACCAUGGAGAGCACCAACACCGCCCUGCGCUCCCAGAUCCAGGUGCUCCAGGACGAGAUCGAGACGCUGCGCUCCAGGAUCGCCGGCAUGGAUGCCGACGUGGCCGAGACCAAAGCCGCCAACGCGCAUCUCGAGAACGAGCUGCGCGAGGCCGAGAGCCUGCGUCGCAAGCUGCACAACGAGGUGCAGGAGCUGCGCGGCAACAUCCGCGUCUUCUGCCGCGUGCGUCCGCCGAGCAACAACGACGCCAACAACGGCACCGAGGCGCUCGCCACCAUCCGCUUCCCCAACGAGCGCGAGGCGAGCCAGAUCGAGCUGCUCGCCGCUGCCGAGUCGGCAACGGGCACCGUGACCAUGCGCAACCACCUCUUCACCUUCGACCGCGUCUUCCAGCCCAGCGCGUCGCAGGCGGACGUGUUUGAAGAGAUCGCACACCUCACCCAGUCGGUGCUCGACGGAUACAACACAUCCAUCUUUGCCUACGGCCAGACGGGUUCGGGCAAGACACACACGCUCGAGGGUGCGCCCGACUCGAUCACGGGGUGGGGCAGCAAUCCGGCGGCGGACGCCGGUGCGGGUUUGAUCCCGCGUGCGGUGCAGAUGCUGUGGUCGACGGCCGAGAGCCUCAAGGACAAGGGGUGGCGAUACGACUUUGAGGGCUCCAUGCUCGAGAUCUACCUGGACAACAUCAACGACCUGCUGGGCAAGAGCGAGGUGGACAAGGCCAAGCACGAGAUCAAGCACGACAAGGGGCGCACGAGCGUGUCGGAUACGGUGGUGGUGCCGCUCGAUUCGCCGGCGCACGUUUUUGCGCUGCUGGACAAGGCCAAGAAGCGCCAACAGGUGGCGGCGACGCUGAUGAACGAGCGCAGUUCGCGCUCGCAUUCGGUGUUUAUGCUGCGUGUUCGCGGGCACAACACCACCACCAUGGAAGCUUGCGAUGCCGUGCUGAGCCUGGUCGAUCUGGCCGGUUCGGAGCGUCUUGCCAACUCGGGAUCGGACAAGGAUCCCGUGCGUCUCAAGGAGGCGCAAUCGAUCAACAAGUCGCUCUCGAGCCUCGCCGAUGUCAUCUCGGCGCUCGGACAGAACAAGACGGCCAACCACGUGCCGUACCGCAACUCGACGCUCACCUGGCUGCUCAAGAACUCGCUCGGCGGCAACUCCAAGACGCUCAUGCUGCUCGCGCUCAGCCCCAUGGCGGCGCACCUCAACGAAUCGCUCUGCUCGCUCCGCUUUGCCACCAAGGUCAACUCGACUACCAUCGGAACUGCAAAGGCCGUCAAGUCGGUCGCAUCUUAA